CAGAUAAAGCAGAAGAAUGGUGAUAAAAAUACUCAUGUCGACCAACCUCCUCAUAGUAACGCCAGCUCGCCAGUAACUGAGAUCCAUUCGUUUAAGUCUCCACCACUCCGUUUCGUCUGGUUGCUCCCGAUGGUACAGAAUUUCGACCAGUAUAUCGAAAAAGGGAAACGGUCGAAUCUCAAUCACUUAUCCAUUGGAUAUGUUGGCAUCAUUUAGACAAGAUCCUACAUUAUUGUCGAGUUCAUCUGCAGCCUCAAUGGACUGCUUCUCGCAGUUUUUGAUGCAUCCUGUGUUACCGAAAGUACCAGAUAGUUCUCCAGUAUCAGAAAAUUCACAGUCAAAACCGGUUCUUUCGACCGUUUCUGAAUCACCGACCGCCAGCACUCAACCUGAAAAGAAAUUGGAAACAAACGUAGGUCUCGAAACGGGAGAAACUUUAGAUAAAGAUGAAAAUGAAGAGGAUAUAGAAGAAAGACAAAGCGUACAAAAUAUAACAAAAGCUUUAAAUAUAGAAUGCGAUGUAUAUAGAGCCAAUAAAAAAAGAAGAGGAAUGAAAAGUGAUGCACAUAAUAAGUUACCUAAAGAAGUUCAAGGUUUAAUGGGAGAAGCCAAUCUAUGCUUUGCCAGAGGAAAAUAUGACGAUGCAUUGAAAAUGUGCAUGGAAAUUAUCAGAAUUGCUCCCUGGUGCCCAGAUCCAUUUGAAACAUUGGCGAUGAUUUAUGAAGAACGUGGUGAAAAUAUCAAGGGAUUGCAAUAUUCAUUACUUGCAGCUUAUCUUCAAACUGGUGAUGUUGAUCUAUGGUUGAGAUUAGCGGAAAACUGUGAGGAUGCAGGACUUCUAAUGCAAGCUGCCCAUUGUUAUAACAAGGCAUUGAAGCUAAAACCUGAUGACUAUAAAUUGUACUGGGCGGCUGCAGUAUCCCAACAACAACUUGGUAACGUACAUCAAGCACUUGUCCUAUUCAAAUCUGUUGUUCGUCUUAUACCUGAAACUGAAGUUGCGCAGCGUAUGGCAUUGGCAAGAGAUAUUGCCAGAGCGUGUCAUGCCAAUGAAGAAACAGCGUUAGCAUUAGAAGUGAUGGAUGAAGUUGCUUCUAAACAUCCAGAUCAUGUCAAAUAUGAAGAUGUCAAUGUAAUGUGUGAAUUAGCGAUUACUUCUAAGCAAUACAGAAAAGUAUUUGACGUAAUGGUUAAACAUUGUCAAAUAGAAGUUCAAUAUGAGUCAGAAAUGGAUACAGAUGAAAUAACGGAAGAAGUUGAAAAUAAUAUUGAUUUUACACUAGCACAUGUCAAAAUUCCAGAGCAUUUACCAAUUGAUCUAAAAUGUAAAUGUGUGUUGGCAGCGAUUCCAAUGAAAUGUUUUAACGUCGUUGAAGAUAUAUUUCAUGAAAUAUGUGGAAUGGACGCAUCAGAAUAUGGCGAUUUACAAUUCGACAUUGCUGAAUUAUUAAUGGAUGAAUGUCUGUAUGUUGAAGCAAUUUUUGUUCUUGAUAUCCUCGUAACUUCUAGCGAUUAUUCUCUCGCUGCUGUUUGGUUAAAAAAGGGGGAAUGUCAUAGAGAGCUUGGUCAAGAUAUUGCAGAAAUGAAUUGCUUUAAACAGGUGGUUAAGAAAGCACCAGGACAUACGAAAGCUUAUUUAGCUUUAUGUAAAGUUUUGAGAAAACUGGGGAAAUGCAGAGAAGCAAUUGAUGUUGUGCGAGAUGCGGAAACAUAUGAAUUGGACAAUGAUGAGCAAAUGUUGUUGAAUUUCGAAAAAUUUCACAUUUAUCAUGAAUGGUCUGCUGUGUCAAAGAAAAGAGGCCAUGAAAUACUUUGCAAGGCAGCAGAUACAGCUCUUCUUAUGAUUGCUAAUAAGUUGGAAGCAGCUUUUGCCCCUUCUAAGACGAUGCUAAUCAAGAAACCUCGACAGAGUCACAAAAAAUUCAAAGGUGACGUACGAGUAACUCGUCGCGUUGGAAAGAAUUUUUAUAAACAUAAAGAUAAAAGGACGUUGGCUGCCAGGGGGAAUGCUGCUGUCAUUAGUAUUGAAGAUUGGUGGGAAUUCUUCUUGCUCACAUGUGAAAUUCUACUAAAAACUGAGAGAUAUUUGGAUGCUAUUACUAUUGUUGAUGGAGCAUUAUCUUAUGGAUAUUGGUAUUGCAAUACAGAAAAGAGAUUGAAACUCGAAAGGCUGGCUUGUUCUUUCUGUAUGAUAAGUGGAAAUUAUUCACUGGCGUACUCUUUUAUGAGGCCAUGGUUAUUAAAUCGAGCUUCGAGUAAUGUUCUGUGGAAUUUGUUCAAUCAAAUCACUGUUAGAUCUGAAGAUCAAAGACAUCACAGAUUUUGUUUACGAUUUUUAGUAAAGGAACCUGAUAGUAUUGCACUGGCUGUAUUAAAUGGACAUAAUUCACUGGCGACUGGGACGUAUAAACAUUCUCUCGGAGAAUACAUUCGGGCACAUAGAAGGAUACCAAGUGAACCAAUGUUUAUGCUCCUCAUCGGAAUAAUUUAUACUCACAUUUCUGCUCAACGAUUCACCACUCAUAAAAACUCACUCGUAGUUCAAGCACUCGCUUUCUUGAAUAAAUAUGCACAGCAUCGUAAAUGCAGUCAAGAAAUCUAUUAUAACUUGGCUCGCACAUUUCACGAACUUGGAUUAAGACAUUUUGCAGUUCACUGGUAUAGGAAAGCACUGGAAACUCCGCCCCCAACUGGUACAGGGCUCGAUAAUUCAAUUAUCGACCUCAAAUGUGAAAUCGGAUAUAACCUUGCUAUUUUAUACAGAAAGUCUGGCAACCAAGCUCUUGCAAUGCAGAUAUUAUCAAAAUAUUGUAUAAUAUGAAAGUGUCAAAUCAUUGGAAAGAAGAUUGGAUAUCCAGCACUGCAGCACAAUAUGAACUCAUAAUAAAUCUGACAUGAAUGCUUGAGUCAUUUCAGGAUGAUAAUUACAAUGCAUUGACACAAUACCUCAUAGUGUUAAUGGAUAUUUAUAGGCGUGAUCAAAUUUCUUGUGGUCGGUAGUCUCUGUUGUAAUUGUUUAUUGUCAGCUUUGAGAUAGGUGAAUUUUGCUAGAAGUCCUUUGAUAUUUAAGAAAAAAUUUGAUUUGUAUUUUGAAGAACUGCAUCAGGGCUCUUGAAGUCAGAGUUUAGCAUUUUGAGUUUGAGCCAGAGUUCUAGUUUCAAACUCUCGAGAGACGGAAUCUGAAUUUUAAAUUCCUUGCAGUCUAAGUCAGAAUUACAGACUCAAUGGCGAUAAAAUAAGUUGACAAUCUAAAUCCAAAGUUUUCUCUGUAAAAUUUAUUUUCUCAGUGCUGAAGUCAAAAUCUUUUGUAACCCAAGGUUGGAGUCUAAAUUUUUUUCAACUCGGAGUCCAAGUCGAUUGUUAAUUUUCUGCCAACUCCAAUCCUCUGAUUUAUAUUGUUUGUUCAAUGACAUUAGUCUUUGCUGGUUUUAUUCAAUCUAAAUUAGUGAUUGUCAAUUUGCUAUCGUUAAUAAAAAAAUGCAGGACAAAUAUCAUUUGAGUUUGAUAUUGCAUAUUUUGUUAAUUGAAAACAAAAAAGGUGUGAAAAGUAACAAGAAUCCAGUUUAAUAUAUAUAGUCAAGUUGAAACUGAAUUCACUCAUUGAAAUGAAUAUGAACACAAAUUUCCCCUUGCAAAAUUCGAAGUUAUCUUGCCUUUAUAUUGUAUGUGCUUGCACAUUUAGAACAGACAAGCACAGGGCAGCCUCUCUGGACUCUGUUUAUUAAUAUAAUGUAUUGUUUUGCUCAAUCGAAAAUAAUCUAGCAAAAUUUUUUUUGUUAACUUUACAUUCAGGUUAUCCAAAAUGAUGUUUUUUAGGUUUUGAACAUUUUUGGUUAAAUUAGCCACCAACAUAAAAAAAAUCAUAUGUUUUUUAAUUUUUGGAAUGUGUUUAAUAUGUCGCUUCAAAUUCACAAUUCAUUGUAUAACAAUAAUACUGAAUAAGUAAACAAUUUUCGAUAAGCUACAUCGAAUGCAAACAAUAUUUCUUUCCCCCAAACAGCAAACUUUUUCCCCAAUUGGUGAAUGCUGCCAAAUUCAAUUUACAGUGCAAUUCACAAUUGUGUUAGCCUAGAUCUAAUUGUAUCAUGUGGACUUAUUUGAGUGUAUAAAACCUCUAUACUAUUUUUUUCUGUUCGUUGAACUAUAUAUUUGUCAAUACUUUGAAAAGCCAUAAUUCAGCUAAAACACUGCCACUGUGUGCCCUUAAAAUUCUUUAUUCUGGUGGAUUCAAAGGAUAUGUUCUGAUCAAUAUUUGCUAUUACCUUUUUCUAUUUCAUUCCAUUUUCAG